ACGUGUGUAGGUAGCCAUGUUGAGGUGAAAGUGUUUUUGCGGUUUGAUUUUGUCACAGAUUUUGGUCCAUCCUGUGCGUUUGUAGGAGCAGAGGUCGUGGAGUGGAGGACAUAAGAAAAUUUUGAAGCUUCCUCUGUCAUGUUAAAUAUGUGGAAAGUGAGAGAACUCACGGAGAAAGUCACCAACAUGGUGAUGAACUACACGGAGGUGGAGGCCAAAGUUCGAGAAGCCACUAAUGAUGAAGCUUGGGGGCCCACAGGCCCCCAGAUGCAAGAGCUAGCACAGUCAACAUUUUACUAUGAACAGUUUCCUGAAGUUAUGGGUAUGCUGUGGAAGCGCAUGUUGCAAGACAACCGAACUGCCUGGCGACGAACAUACAAAUCUCUCUUGCUGCUCAAUUACUUAGUUCGUAAUGGCUCUGAAAGGGUGGUCACAUCUGCCCGGGAACACAUAUAUGAUCUAAGGACAUUAGAAAACUUCAAGUAUAUAGAUGAGCAAGGCAAGGACCAAGGACUUAACAUUAGAGUAAAGGCAAAAGACUUAAUAGACUUUAUACAAGAUGACAACAGGCUGCGAGAGGAGCGUAAGAAGGCAAAGAAGAAUAAGGAUAAAUAUGUUGGUGUGUCCUCAGACUCCAUGGGAUUCCGUGGCUCUAGUCAAAGGAGAGUACCAGUAUAUGGUGCAGUACAGUUAGAGAGCAUUGUGGUUGAUAAGGCUGUUACUGCUGCUGGAAGUGUCGAUAGAGCUUUGAUGUCCAUUCCUGUUAAUAGUUGCAGGGAGACAAAAACUGGCUCCCUUGUUAUUAGACUUACCACUGCAAAGGCAAAGGAGGAGACUAGUGAGGCAAUGAGUUCCUGCCUUAGUACACAGUUGGAUUUCAUGAUGUCCAAACCUAGAAAAAUCAUGUCAAAAAUGACAAUUGUAGGUAUUCCCACUACACUUCCUAAUGACAAAAUAGUCUUGGACAUUGCUGAGAAGAAUAAUGAAAUUCAAGAACUGUUAAAUAUAGACUACCAUUAUUGUUCAGAGGCCACGAAGAGAAUUACAGUACGAGAUAACUCUUGGUAUGAUUCAUCAAUAAGUUCUCUUCUUAAGGAUCUUAGAAGUUCUGAACGAGAGUGGCGCAGGGACGAACAACAUUCUGCACUACAGAGUACAUCCAGUGGAGAUGAGGUAGAAGAUGCUGUAGAUCCUGUAAAUGAAUACCGUGAUGAAGAGACGAGCCCCAAACCCACCAGAACAUCAAUCACCACCACUUCCAGCAAACCCACAAAUGUGACUCCUGCCAAAAAAUCUUCCAAACCCUCAAAGAUGGUGGACUUAGGAGCAGCUGCAACUUUUGGGAAGGACACCUCUCAGUCUCAGUCUUCAGCGCCUACAACACAAACGCAGAAAAGUGACCUACUGGAAGACCUGUUUGGAAAUGUUACCAGUAAUGGUACAUCUAGUCCUUCAAAAACAUCUCCAAGUCGUGCUGAGGAUGACUUUGAUCCUAGAGCAGGAGAAGUGGAUACUGAAAGCAAUAAGGCUGAGUUUGGUGAUUUUGAUUCUGCUUUUGGACAUGAUGCAUCCAAAUCAUCAGAGAAAGAUGACUUUGCAGAUUUUUCUUCAUUUUCCCAAGAACCAUCUGGCACAACUGGUGGCUCCUCCACUUCCUUACUGAUGGGUAUAACCCCAACCCCAGCAGCCCCUGCUUCUUCCAUCACUUCCCCUGUAGUAUCUGGGACGGCAGGUGGCUCCACCAGUAGUAAUAUGGACCUGCUACAUGGUUUACUAGGACCCAGCACUUCCUCCACCCCUGCUACCCCCUCAGCGGCUGUGAUUCCCCCAACUGGUGCUACUAACCCGGACAUGGGUGGAUUUGUGGGUGGGCUCGGUGGACUUGCAUUAUCCCCAACGUCGCCAGCCCCCAUGGCACCAGUGGGCACUAUGCCAAUAUCAAGAAGACCAGGAAACAAGUUUGAUACUGAGAAACAAGAUGAUGGCAAUAUGAAAGAUGAAGAUGAAGCAAAGAAUAAAGAAGCAAAUGAGGAUAAACCCCAGAAAGUGGAAGACAUACUAAUUAGUCAGAAAAAAAAUAUUAAAAUUAUGAAGGAGGAGCUCACCAAGUGUGAGCCAAGUCCUGCAGUGAUUGUGUCUUCUCUGGAGACAGUUGUUCACUGGCUACCUGGACAGUUGACUCCACAGCAGUACGCCGGCAUGGACCAACCCACUCAAGAGGCUCAGGUAUUCUUCCGCCAUCUUUGCAGCCCAACUCUUACUUUGCUGAUAGAAAAUUUUGUAGAUAACGGCAUCCUCAAGAAAAAUGAAAAUUGCCGAGAUUUAUUUUACAAUCUCCUUGAAGCUUGUUAUUUAGAGGAAGAUGUCAAUGCAUUGUUAAUGAUAGUGAGUGGGGCAAAGUUGGAGAAAGCCAGAGUUGCAGUGAAUUUAUUGGAGAGAAUUAUAUUAUCAGAUUGCUUUCUACACUGUCUUCUCAGACACUGUUCACUGUUUUUGAGACAUGAACGAGAAAGAGCCAUGUGGGAUGAAACUGUGAGACAUCUCAUCACCUUGCCAGAAAGGAUUGCCAAUAAACUCCAGAAUAAAGCCCCUGAGACACUUUUGCCAAGAAUUUAUUGCAAGGUUGUAGCUUAUAAUAUCCUUCAGGCAGUGUAUUGUGUAGCUGAUGGACUCAGUCAUGACGUUUCAGGGAGUGUUGAAGCCAUUGGUAAACUUCUGGGUCAGUUAUGUUAUGUCAGUGAUACAGAAGCUGUCCUGACUCCUCUUGUACAUUGGUUAAAAAUUUGGUCAAGGGAAAAUCCCAUAGUUCAGAGAGUCUCACACAGAUUAUUCCAACAUAUCCCAGAUAUGGUCAGAGAAAGGCUCAUUGUAACUUUACUGAAAAUGGAAGUUGACCACAAAACUCUCUAUAUAUUGCUGGGAGAUUCUGGCAUAGUUUCCCCAAAGACGAAAUAUCUUCUUACACAGAAGUUCCUCAUAACAAAGCACCUUCCUAAAGUUACAUCAGUUCCUGCCAUUGUUGGAUACUUAGCAGCAUCACAGAGUAGCCACCAGGUUUUGAGAACAGCAUUGCUACAGUUGUUAGAUACUUGGUGUGACAAAAGCAUCAUGACUCAUACAUCCUUUGAGUAUCAUGUCCAUAUUACAAGGGGUAUUAUGUCUUGUCUUGCUCACUUCACUACAGCUGAUGUUGAUCAUUGUAAGCAUGAAUCUCUUCAGAAAAUGCUACAUGGAGUUGCUAACCAUCUUGACUGCCCAGAUCAUCAGAUGAAGCUUAUUGGAAUGGUUGUAGCUGAAGAGUUAACAAAAGUUCUACAUGCUGAUGGUCCAAGUCUCAAAUUUGAGUAUAAGGAUAAUGAACUAACUCUUAAUUUGAAACACUUAAUGUGUCUUGGGAAAGAUGACACAAAAAAUACAAAUUCUGAAACAGCAUUAGAAAAUGAUGAUGGUACUCUGGAAAAGGGUGAAAAUAUUUUAUGGAUGAAGGAAUUUAGAAAGGAAUUAGAAGAUAUUGGUAUGAUCAAGAAAGGUGAGAGUAUCAAUAGUUUCAAGAAAACAUGUAUUGUUUCAGAAAAUGUGAAAGCGGAAAAUGAAAAGAGUUCUGCUGGAAAUGAAACUUUUGAAAUUCCUGGUGAACAGAAAUUGUCAGUUGAUGAUUCUGAGGAGCUUGACAGUGAUGAUGAUGAUUACCAACCAUAUGACAUGUCGGGUGAUACUCCUUUAUUGAAGGUUAAGGAACCAUCAUACUCUCAAGAAGUGCUUGAGUACUUAAUUGAGGAUGAAGCAGAAAAGGUUGCAGCAGCCUUAAAGGUUUCAGAGAAGAUUGUAUGCCAAGAGUCUAAGAUAAUGGACUCUGAACUAGCACUAGAGUUGACGAAAGUGGUUUUAUUUUUAGAAGAUAAAUACAACACUGAAAACUUUGAGGAAAAUCGUUCAAACACACUCACUGCUCUGACAGUAUCAUACCCGAGUGAGUGUGCAUUGUAUCUUGCUGGUGAGUUUUAUGAAAGGAACUAUAAUAUUAAACAGAGGAUAGACAUCCUACAAACACUUAGCACAGCUGCACUAAGGCUCUCAGGAACAGAUGCAAUUAAGAUGUUGGAUGGUUCUGCAACUGUUAACAAAGACAAAAGAGUAGUGACAAGAAAUGAAAUGAAAAAUGUGGCUGGCUGCUUUUUUUUUCCACUUGUCCAGGGCAUUACUGAACCACGACCUUAUCUUGACCUGUUGGACAGUGAUCGCUUCCUCUUGUGUGAUCUCCUGAAGACCCUCGGCCUGAUUGUUAAAGUUACUGGACAGUGUGAAAUAACACUGAAGAUGGCUGCAUGCCUAUUGGAAUUAACAUGGUCACUACGUGUACACGGUGACUCGAGUGUUCGUGGUGCCUGUUUAGAGGCUCUUGGUUCUGGCUUAGAGUGUGUUCCUGACUCAGUAUUACUGUCCUUAAUUCCAGGAGAGUUGGUAGAGCUGAAAGAGUGGCUAUCUGUUACUUUACGAGAGGAAAAAGACAAAAGGUGUCAACUUCUUGCAGCGAAAUUGGCAUUAAAGUUAGACAGAUGCUUUGCUCAACAGAUAGGAUUUCCUUCUUGGUGUUGAUGAUAAGUCAAUCAUAUUUAAGUUCAAACUAUUAUUCAUCAGUUUGCCAGAUACAAGGCAAACUUCCCACUGGUGAAGAAAAAAUAUGUAUAUGCCACAGUGCAGAAGAAAUCUGGGAGUAUUAAUCUUGUGUCAAACUGUUGGCUAUCCAUUUGAAAAGUGGCUGGUCCAUUUGGUUACUAUCAGGCACAGUGGCUAUCAGAGAAAAUCCCUGUUUGGAUACACAUUUGUAUUACUUGAAUUUAAAUCUUGUUUAAGAUUUAAUAUUGUUAGAAUCUUGAAAGUCAACCAUACCUUUACUACAAAUGUCAACGGAUUAUGUUUAGUAUUGCUUUGCACUUUCAGACCCUUUGUUGAAAAUUUGUAUGUAUCAGCCAGUCUUAAAUUUUAUUUGGCGUCAUUGUAAGUAAUUAUUUAGCUAUAUGAAAAUAUUAAUAUGGCUACCUUUUGUAAAAUAGUUUGUUAUUGCAGCUAUGGUAUUUGUACAUACCGUAAAAGCUCUAUGUAAAUGUUGCUAUUAUUUUCGAGUCUUUUCCCACAGUGCUGCAAAUAAAAUAUUUUAAUACAGAGAUACAAAUACACGUGGGGGACCAAAACCUUCCAAAUCCAGAAAUUAAUUAUCCAGGAGUCUAAAAAAAUUGGCACGUUUAAAAAAAAAAAUCACAUUCGAAUUGGACAGGGGUACUGGGUAACAGACUUUUGAAUUGCUCCCCACCAUUACUCUUUUGUACACUGUAGUUACAGUUGGAUUCACAUGUAGCUGUGCUGGACUUAUGCUAUUUGAAAUAUCUAGUAGGAGCCCAAGGAUCAAUAUUUAGACCUUACUAUAUGUUUGAUAUGUAUUAAUGCACAUUUAAUUGUUAGAUAUCAAAGAUUUAGAUACAAAGGUAUGUUUAGUCACAAAAUACAGUGAUAAAUGCUAUCUUCUAGUCUAACUACAUCACUGUACUGUUUAUAUUUGCUGUUAUUUCGUAUUAGACAUGGAAUUGAAAUGCAAGUUUAAAGUUCUCUCUCUAUGACCAAGUACUGUAUAUUACAGUAUAAAAGAAAAUAACUAUCAUUGUAUUUGUGCUGAGACGUCAACCUAUUUGUCAACAUUGUGGAUGCGUAGCUGAUGCUGCUUCUUUGGUUUCAGCAUAUUAGGGCAAUGUGUUUUAAAGAAUAAGCAUUCAACAUACUGGUGUACAUCUGCAAUACAAAAUUUUAUACCAAAGCUAUGCAUAGUAUUGUCUUGAUUUUUACUUGGAAACAAUUAAUCACUUUGCCAGAACAUUAUGCAAAAGUUUGAACAUACAAAAAUGUAAGAUAGGCACACAUAGGUUCUGUAGUUCUAUAAAUACAGAUCAAGCUUAAAUCAUUUUUUAUGACAAUAAUGUAAACCAGUUAAACUAAAUUUAUUUUAAAGAAUAAUGUGUGGCCAUUCAUAGAGACUAGGUUUUGUGUAGUAGGCUCAUUUUGUCAUUUGUAGUGAAGUAUGUGACACGUAUCCCUUAAACAACGCAGGGGUUAGUUUAAUGAAAGCCCCCGGAACACCAAAAACACGAUGUUCACCUCUGGGAAGACAAAAUUGCCAAAAAUGAAGUAAACUCUCACUAUAACACAUUUACUUCCCACAUAUGCUCUUUAUUUUUCGUAUUUUAUAAUUUUUUAUUAUAUUUUCAAUGUUUCUAAGCCACAGAGUAUUGUAAUGAUUUUUUCACAACUUUUAUAGUUUCAUUACAAGUAACAAUAUACUAAGCAGCUAGGCUGGCGAUGCGGCCCACAUAGUUGUAGCCAAGGCCUUAGCUAGAACCGCCUCCUUGCACAUUCACUUCUCACACAUACACUCCCAUGCUCUUCAUUUUCUUGUUUUAUGUGAUAUUUUCUAAGCCACAUUAGAGUACCCGGUAUUGUAAUGAUUUUUUGACAACUUUUAUAGUUUUAUUACAAGUAACAACAAAUGUGGCAGCUGGGGUAGCGAGUCAGCAACAUGGUUAUAUCCCACCACCUACACACACGGUAACUUCUUACACAUACACACCCACGCACUUCAGUUUUCUUAUUUUAUAGUUUAAAUUAUGUUUCCUUUAUUUCUAAGCCACAUCAUUUUUAUAGAGUAGAAUAAUUAUUAAAGAAGUCCCAUUUUCUGAGACGCAUACCGGAAGUCAGCUGGCUGACAUGCCAGUCAACUGUGGUUUGUGAGAGAUGUUAAUGUAGAUAUAAUGAAAGUACAGUAUAAACAUUGUGGAAAAAUAAUUUCAAUAGUACUCUAAUGUGACUUAGAAAUAAAGAAAAUGUGAAACUAUAAAAUAAGAAAUAUGAAGAGCAAGGGUGCAUAUUCUGCAUCUCUAAGAUGCAGUGUCUUGUUGGCAGCACUUGUAGCACGCGCUGCCAAUAGUGGAAGUUGUCAGAUCGCACAUACGUACACAACCUUCCUUGCUCCCCAUGCAACCCAUAGUGUAAUCCACGGAGGGGUGAUGGCUGUGAUGUUUAAACCCACAAAGUAUUUGCUUACCUUGUUUAUAAAACCAUUGUUGCAUCUUGGGUUUUUACUUUUUUUUUGCUUAUUGUGUUUUUCUGGCAAGGUGAAUUGAUUUUUGUAAUUAAUAUUAAAUACUGUGUGUGAUUUUUAAAAGGAUAUUCUGUUUAAUAGCUGUGCAUCACAAAACUCGGCUAUAAAAUACCUCAGGAAUUUCAUCUUUAAAAGGUUUCAUGGAUUCAAGGAGAAGUUCAUAAGAGGGUAGUGAUUUUGAUCAGAAAACUAAAUAUUUACAAAUUCAGGAGUUUGAGAGUCCCAACAGUCAGGCGCAUUUUAUAUUGUUUCCGGAGCAAAUAAAAGUUUACAUUAUAGAAGAAAAAUUAUCUAUCCAAUCAUAGUUAAUCUAUCUCCUUAUGGUCAUUCGUAAGCCACUGGCAUUUUUUCAUUUGUUGAAUGAUUUGUAUUUCGUUAACUGUACAGUAAUCCUAUUUAUCCCCGGCCUCGUUAAAUCCUCUUAUAUUUUUUUUUACUCCUAAAGAUUUAGAAAACAUUGUGAGUAGUCUACCUAUUUGAAUGUACUGAGUGAAAGCAUAUAGAUGUGUGGAUACAGUAUGUCAGUGUGCUGUCAUUAUAGGUGACUGCUGCUACUGUAGGUCCUGGAUUGAUGGGUGCUACCUUAAUAGUAAUUAUCCACAGUACAGGACAAUGAUAACUUUUAGCUAUAGAGGUGCUGAAUAUACAGUAUAUAUUUAACCCCUCAUAAUCUCAAAUAAACCUAAUGUGGAAGGAUUAAUGAUACUAAGUAUAAUGUAUGAUUUAGCUGUUUGAAUAACACAAGUACUAGAGGAGAGUGAAUUCUUUACAACAGGAAGAAUGAAUAAAGUAUAUUUGUAUAAUUGCUCUUGAUUCUGGCCACCCUGCAUGAAAGAGUGAGCAGGAGGGGAGGUCAUUGGUUCUAGAUAAAUGAUGACUUAACUCACCUAAUACUAGGGUAUAGGCAUGGAAGGUUGAUUUCAUCACAGAAUUGGUAGUGAGUAAAGUAAAUACUGCACUGGAAAGGUAGAUACCAGCCUGUGCAUUGCAUUUCGAACUAAGAUUGGUUGAGACUUCUUUCUCAUCGAUAAUAAGUCCAAGAUGAGACUUGGAAAAUCAAAAGUACUGUACAGUAGUGUGGAAUGAAGCUCAAUACUGUACAUGCUUCAGCGAGGAAGUUGUGGGUGGAUCUUUUUAAAACACAGUGAGAAGCAAUGUUCCUGUUUUGACAAGUUUUCUGGGAAAAUGCCCUUUAUAACUUACUCGUUUCAUAAAAGAGCCACAAAUCUAUGCCAUCACUUAGGUAGUCCUGGACAUUAGGUAUAGCAAAUGCACAGAUCUGCGCAUGUCACUUUCAUGUCUACAAGAUGAUAUGAAGGAUGUGCAGUGGUUCUGAGUAUUGUUAAUGUAUUCUCAUGUUCUUGAAAUCUAUGUACCUUCACUUACAGUUGUACCUAUACCAGGUACAGGUGUCUUUAAAGUACACAGUACUGUACUGUUAUUUCUGAAUUCGUAAAACUAUAUAAAUAAAUGCUUUUCUUUUUCACUUU